AUGGCGAAGGCCAGGGAAGAAGAAGAGCCAAAACGACACCGGAUUUUCACCUAUGGCACACUCAAAAGAGGCUUCGCAAAUCACAAACUAAUGCAAGAACUCAUCAACCAUAACGACGCCGUUUUUCUUGGCAACUAUUCAACCCAAUCCUCAUUUCCACUCGUACUUGGCCCUAAUGGGAUUCCUUAUCUCAUCAAUCUCCCCGUCUCAGGCCGCCCCGUCCGCGGCGAGCUUUAUGCUGUGUCCAAUCAUGGCGUCGCUCGGCUCGACGAGUUGGAAGAAACCAGCAUUGCCCAUUACGACCGCCUGCCGGUUCAGGUCGUUGGAGAUAGCAAUGGUGGUGAGACGGUGGUGAUCAAAGCCGAGUGCUACUUCGCCGGAAAGGGAGCUGGGGAAGGGCUGUGGAAUGGAAAAGAUGGAGAGGGAUUGGAGGAGUAUACGGAGAGGGAGGCGGUGGAGUUUAUGAGGAAGGAUCAAACAUCCAAGCGGCUUCCAUGA